UCCAGUAGACGGAAACCAUAGAGAUGAGGGAGAGAAAGGGGGCGUGACAAGUUCUCUCCAAAUAGUGCGGGAGAGUGUCGUGAACCGGGUACCGACUCUCAGCUCAGAGUGUUGAUCGGCCGGUCUUAUUUUCCUUUACCGUUUUUACCGUGGACUCGACAUUAGCGCGGCGCCUCAUUCUCCUUUCUUCACCUCACUGCGUCUUGUUGGCCUUUUGUCCGCGGCGGACAGUGGAACUGCAUUCUCUCCCUCAUAAGGUGGGCGCUGCUUCUUUCUCCGGCCCUUCACGGCAAGUCUUCCGGGGAAUUCGCGUUCCGCUACUCGGGCUGCUACCGCCGCCAGCCGACCGAUUCUUCAACUGGUCUUUAGGAAGCGGUGUCUGUAAAAGCGGGUAGAAAAUCAGGAAUGGGCGGCAAAGCCGAUGUGAUUUCAGGAUGGAGGCAUUGCUAGAAAGAAUACAGAGGCAAGGACAAGGCAGCAGAAGUUUCCUAACUUCAUGUGAGGCAGAGCUACAAGAGCUGAUGAAGCAGAUAGACAUCAUGGUAGCUCAUAAAAGAGCUGAAUGGGAAAGUAAAACUCGGACGCUAGAAUCCUGCUUGGAUAUCCGAGAGCAGGAGUUGUCUUCUCUCAGGAAUGCAUUGGAUGAGAAACGCAAAGAGAUUGAGAGGCUGUGUCAGCGUCUAGAAGGGAUUGAACAAUUGAAUCAUGAUAUGACUGUGGAGUAUGAACAGCAGUUAAAAAAAGUUCAGGAAGAGCUAGCCAGGCUGAAGAGAAGUUAUGAGAAACUGCUGAAGAAACAACUGAAAGAAGCAAGGCAAUUAUCUUCCAAGAGCCAGGAGGAGGACCACUCUGAAGUAAGCAUCCUAACUAAGAAGUUAGAGGAGUUCCGCCAAAAAUCUCAAAAUUGGGAGAAGCAUCGCUUGCACUACCAACAACAUGUGGCAUCACUGGAAGCACAGAGGAAAGCUUUGGCUGAGCAGUCUGAGAUCAUUCAGGCUCAGCUGUCCAGUCAGAAGCAAAUGUUUGAGUCUGUGGAGUUGGCAAGCCACUCUGAAAUUCAUCAUCUAACUAGCAAACUUGAAAGAGCCAAUGACACUAUCUGUGCCAAUGAACUGGAAGUGGAAAGACUAAAUAUGAGAGUGGAUGAUCUGACUGAUACAAAUCAGAAAAUUCUGGAGGAACAACAAAGAGUCCUAGAUGAGUUGAAAGUUUCCCGGAACUCACUGGAGGUUCUACAUGAUGAAAAGAUGGAACUCAGGGCCACUCUGCUGUCUCAGGAGGACUUCAUUAACAGCUUACAGAUUCAUAAUGAACACUUACAGAAGGAGGUGUCCAAACUAACUGAAACUGUGUGGUCCAAAGAAACUCUCAUCAGGUCAUUGGAAGAACGCCUGCAGAGCACUGAAGGAGCCAAAGAAAUCUGUCAUGAUGGGGCAGAGUUGGAGAGCAUAUGCUUGCAACUAGAUCAUGCUGAAAUGUCUCGUCUUGAGGGCAGCCUGAGGUCUGCAAAUGCAAAGCACAUCCAACCGAGUGAAUUGUUAACUGAGAAAUGCCGGGAUCUGCAGUUGACUGAAGAGCAUCUGUGCCAGGCCAAGGCUGAGAUAAAAAAGCUGAAGGAGCAGCUAUCCCACAAAGAACGAAGUCACAGCAGUCAGUUGGAAGGAAUGAAGCAGGAGGUUACCCAGCUAACACAGGAACUGCACCAGCGUGACAUCACCAUUAGUUGUUCUACUUUGGGCUUGGAACAACUAAAAAUAGAGAUUGAAAAAGCAGAACGAAAGGCAGUGGAGCACAGGGCUGUCUUGUCUCAGUUGGAAACUCUUAGGCAAGAAAAUCAGCACCUCUCAGAAAUGCUUCAAAAGGCAAAAAGCGCCUCCCGAGCAGAACUCCAUGAAAGUUAUAUCAAAGCCCUAAAUAAAGUGGAAUCUGAGAACCAGCGUUUACAGAAAGAACUAGCAGAAACUAAAGCCAGUUUGGAAGCCUCAUCUUGGGAGUCUGAGGGCAAAUAUCAGAGUAUUGUGCAGCAGAUGCAGCAUCAGGUGACUGAGAUAAAGAAUACAGAGAGCAGGAGACUGGAAGAGCUGCAAUGUAAGCAUGAAGAAGAAAUGAGAGCACUUCAGGCUAGAUUGGACAGAACUGUUCAGCACUAUGAAGAGGAAAUGCAAAAAGUGCAGCACUUGUCAACCAGAAGAAUCCCUGUUUCUACUAUAGCUCCUGGAGUGUCACCUCACAUCAGCAGGACCAAUUCUCUUGAAUCCAUAUACUGUGAUCCCCUUCUGAGAUCAGAUUCCUUGCCACAUGGAAAUGAGGAAUUUACUUAUGCGCCAAGUGAGAGUGAGAAACAUUUUUUGCCUUUGAGCCCCUUGCCUACCACAAACAUUGGUGAGAUUGCCGCCAAGUUCCUGGAAGAAGAAGAAGAAAGAUCUGACAAUAUCUUAGAACGCUUAGAUGCACAUAUUGAGGAGUUGAAAAGGGAGAGUGAAAAGACAGUACAACAGUUCACUCACCAAGAGUAAAUUACUUCAAGACCUGUGGAUUGGAAAGCUGGCUUAAUUUAAGAUGCAUCGAGCAUGGGGAAGAAGUGCCUAUGACCAAGGGAACCCUCAGCAGCUAGCAAAAAGCUUCUCUUCUCUGUCCUGGGUUUAGUGGUGGUGAAACCAAGGAAAUGAAGUUUGUCUGAAGCAAAAUAUUUUGUCUCAUGGCAGUAAUUGCACUACUUCAGAAAAGCUUUCUAGAUGCCUUUUGUCCUGCUGCCUCAGUAUGCUGUGUCCUUUAGGAGUGAGGUAGCCAUCUCUAUGGGGAAAAAGUGAAACUUAUUUUAUGUAUAUAUUUAUAUGUGAGAAAUAAAAUGACAAAUAACCCAUCA